AGUCUUCGCGGUACUUUUGAAUUGUUAGCAACCAUCUCGUCGGCUGCUAUUACCAUUUUCCCAUUGUUUCGUAAAACACAACAGCCCAAUUAAAAGUGCAUUCGAAUCCUUCUGUGUAAUUUGCUUGUUUUCGUUAUUAGUUAUGUGAUAUGUUCUAACAGUUUGGCGGAGUACGGCGCAUAAUUUCACUUUCUUCAAAAUCGAAAAUGCACGACGACUAUGCUGUCUUUGUUGAUAGAGUAGUGAAAAGAUAUGGGCAAAAGGAAGUCUUGACUGGAAUAUGUAUGAAAGUGGAAAGGGGUAUUAUAUAUGGUCUUUUGGGAGCGAGUGGAUGCGGAAAAACUACAUUAUUAAGCAGUAUAGUAGGCCGAAAGAAAACAGAUGGAGGAGAAAUUUGGGUUUUGGGUGGAAAACCUGGGGAAGUUGGUAGCGGAGUACCUGGACCCAGGGUUGGAUAUAUGCCACAGGAUAUAGCACUUGUGGGAGAGUUUACAGUAAAAGAUGCGAUCUACUAUUUUGGAAGAAUAUUUUCGAUGGAGGAUAGUUUGAUAGCAAAACGUUAUCGAAAUCUUCAUACACUGCUAGAGUUACCUCCAGACGAUCGGUAUUUAAAAAACUGUAGUGGAGGUCAACAAAGGAGAGUUUCUCUAGCAGCAUCUUUGGUCCAUAAACCUGAACUUUUAAUAAUGGACGAACCCACGGUUGGAGUGGAUCCCGUGUUAAGAUACAGGAUUUGGAAGCAUCUAGUAGAUAUUACUAAAAAGGAUAACACGUCUGUGAUAAUUACUACGCACUACAUAGAGGAAUGUAGACAGGCAAAUAAGAUUGGUCUAAUGCGAGAGGGAAGACUUUUAGCAGAGGAAUCACCGACUAGGUUAUUAACGUUGUUUAAUAGUGAGACUUUGGAAGACGUAUUUUUAUUGCUCAGCAAAAGGCAAGAAGAAGGGCGAUUACAAGAACUAACGUCACAACGUGUUGUAGAUGACCAGAAUAAUUCUAUGUUAGCUAAUGACACCGCGGGAUCCACCACUAGCGUAGCAACGUCGGUUUCUACCUUUGAAAUCGGCCAUGGUUCCACUGAUAUUUUAGCCAAAAAGAAAAUAUUAAAGGCAAGAAACGCCUUAAAUAAGAGUCGAAUGAAAGCAUUGCUUGAUAAAAAUUUAAAACAAUUUUAUAGGAACAUCACGGGUAUUAUAUUUUUAAUGACAUUUCCAAUUCUACAAGUAGGGGUAUUUAUGGGAGCCGUAGGUGGAGACAUUAGAAACAUACCCUUGGGAAUCGUUAACGACGAAGCAAUGAGCGUUACUUGCCCAGGCUUUUCCUUUAACGGCACGGCAACUGCUACAGACGAUAGAGCCUGUCAGCUUAGGAAUAUAAGCUGUCGGUUUUUAUCGUAUCUGGACCAUCCCAUGAUAGACAAGGUUCACUUUGAGACUCUCGAGGAUGCCAAAGAUGCAGUCUUGCACGGCAAGAUAGUAGGAGCUAUGUACAUGUCUUCUAAUUUUACAUCAUUUUUAGAAGAAAGAAUCGAUAAAGGGAAGGAUAUCGAGAAAGAUAUUUUGUCUUUGAGUGAGAUUAAAGUUUGGAUGGAUAUGUCAAAUCGCCAAAUCGGAGCUACCUUAAAAUACAAGCUAAUUGAUUUAUACACUAAAUUCCAAAACAGCUUAUUUGAUGAUUGUGACUUUGUUCCUGGUUUUGGAGACUUGCCCGUUAACAUAAACUUCAUUUAUGGAGAUGGAGAUGAGCCGUAUACAGUGUUUAUGAUACCAGGAAGUCUUAUUACCAUCAUGUUCUUCAUGGGUGCGAUCAUGACGUCCCAGAUAAUCAUUACCGAUCGACAUGAUGGUGUAUGGGACAGAUCCAUUGUUGCAGGAGUAACAUCUUUAGAGAUUACCAUUACGCAUUUGGUUUUACAGGCUUCAAUCUGUAUAAUUCAAACUGCAGAGCUGUUGAUUGUGGUUUAUUUGAUCUAUCAACAAGAAUAUUUAGGAAGUUUGUGGUUAAUGUACUUGAUGGUCUACCUUCAAGGUAUUUGUGGAAUGGCGUAUGGUUUUUGGGUAUCUGUUAUCAGCACUGAUCAUUCCAUGGCCAAUACUGUUCUAACAGGAAUAUUUCUCCCAAUGAUGAUGUUAAGUGGAUUGAUGUGGCCAACAGAGGGAAUGCCUCCAGCUUUAAGAAUCUUCUCUAGAUGCCUUCCAUUUACGAUGGCAAUCGAAUCACUGAGAAACGUAUCUAAAAGAGGUUGGUCGCUGGACAACUUUCAAGUAUACAGCGGGAUGGGAGUAGGGUUUAUGUGGACAGUAUUCUUUGGAGUUUUGAGUGUAUAUUUGAUAAAGAAAAAGCGGUAGUUGGUAAAAAUCAAAAAUAAUGUAAUAAAGUUUGGCAUUACAUAUUUUACCAUAGAUAAAGUUUGGAGUGAUUGUAGAAAAUAAACUAUAUAGUUGCAUAUUAGUAUAUUUCCAGCGAUAAAGUUAUUGAAAAAUUACAGAAACGAUUGUAGUAAUAUCGGCAGGUAUUUACUAAUAUGUAUAAAUACUUAUAUUAAAAGGAGCAAUUACACAUUCUAUUUAGCAAUGAAAAAAUAUUCACUGAUGAUUGUUGAGUAAAAUAUUAAAAAUACACUCCCCACAACUAUAAAUUUGUAUAAUUUUUAAGAGUGUUUGUAUUGUUUUAAGUGU